GACGUUCUAUCUUUGUCCACGCCUUGAGUCUGCUGGUUCUCGCUCAAACAACAUCCAUCAUAUAUACCCCACCGUAUCCCAUCGCCCCCUACUGCUCUUUGAACACACUCCACUCCCUCAACACAAGAAGCCAUGUUUCGCAAUCGAAUCUUCGCUCUUCUACCCGUCUUCAUAGCAUGCUCGACAACUGUCGUGAGCGCCCAAGGCGGACAGACUUGUAACAUCACGACCCCAUGUUCUAGUUCUGCACCAUGCUGCAGUUCUUUCGGGUUCUGUGGAGCGGGAGAUUUUUGUCUCGGCGGGUGCAACCCCCUUUCUUCUCACUCCCUCGAUUCGUGCCGCCCUGACCCCAUAUGCCAAUCUGCUACUCACACGUUCGCGGACAACUCUCGCAUCUACUCUAAUUCGUCCACGUUUGACGGCAAUGCCACUGAGUAUGAUUGGGUCGUGAACUCAGGCAACAUCAUGAACACCAACUCUUCCGGUGGCGAACUUGUGCUUCUACUUACCGAGACCAACGGCGGCACGCGGAUCUCGUCCACGCGUUAUGUUCACUACGGAACCAUCACGGCUCGCCUCAAGACUGGUCGCUGGAAUGGUGUUGUCACAGCCUUCAUCACGAUGAGCGACAUCAAGGAUGAAAUCGAUUGGGAGUUUCCGGGUUCGAACAUUACUACUGGGCAGACCAACUUCUUCUGGCAAGCUGUCAUUCCCUCGAAGACCGAUGGUGAUACAACGACCGGGCUUACCGAUACCUUUGCCAACUACCAUGACUACACUAUCGACUGGCAACCUGAUACACUGACUUUCGCAAUCGACAACAACACCGUGCGAACCAUCAAGAAAUCCGAUACGAUUGAUGGCAAUGGUGUCGCGCACUAUCCCUCAACUCCAUCUUCCGUUCAGCUGAGUUUAUGGCCUGCUGGAAUCAACACCUCUGCUCCCGGAACGAUCGAAUGGUCUGGCGGGUUGAUCAACUGGAAUGAUCCUGACUACACUUCUGCGGGUCAUUUCUAUGCCAUGGUUUCCUCAGUCACGAUCAAAUGCGCGGAUCCGACCACGCCCUCCUCCAAUAUUACCUCCUAUGUCUAUGGCGCCAACUCGUCUGCUAUGACGCCUAGUGUCGCAUUCUCGAACGCUUCGACGAUGGUCAACGGCGCGCGCUCCAUGAGUGCUGAUCCAGUGUUUGAUGGCUUGCGGUGGCUAGCUAUCGCUGCAGUACUGGGUGUUGUUGGGUUGUUCUGAGCUGGUGAUCCCCUCCAUCUUGGCAUCGGAUACUAGCUCUUAUUGAGGUGCUUCGAUAAAGCACAGGGAUUAUCGUCUAACAUCAUGUCCUAAUCGUCCUGUGUUAUAAAAGUUCCAUGUUCCUGGUGUGCUG